CGUAGACAUCCAUAGAUGAGCGAAUUGAGAAGCAAUGUGGUGCCUUCCAGUGCCAAAGCCUCACAGCCUCCCAGCUUCUUGUUUGUAGGGAACUCGCACACCUAUCAGCCGAAAGAGCUGGGUGGAAUCCCUGGUGCAUUUGCCCGGCUAGCUGGAGCCUAUGGGCAGGAUGUGUCUACCUUCCAGGUGACACAGGGUGGUGCUGACCUGGCAGAUCUCUGGGAAGAAUUCGAACAGUUUAUGCAGAGAUCCAGUAAGGAUGGUGUUGUCUUCGGCACUGUGGUGCUGCAGGUAGGCAAGGGCUCAGGUGAGGGUCGCUUCGUCAUGGCGGAAGUCCUUCGACAUCGCUAUGCGCCUUUGCUUCUGGAGCAGCCAUCCAAGCCACGGGUGGUGCUGUACCAAACCUGGUCUACACCUUGGCCACAGCCCUCUGAAGCAGAUGAGCUGGAUGCUAGCCUCCAGGAGUACCACUCAGUGCUGCUCUCUGCAGGCAUCAAAGAAGUGGUUCUUGCCAAAGCCGGCCAUGCCUUUCUCCACGUCAAGCUCUCCGACAGCGUUCACGUCUAUCCUGCCUUGUGGAAGGAUGACAUGGGCCACGGUUCUGCGUUGGCAGGCGUUUUGGUUGCUGCUGUGCUAGCUUUGGCCUUGAAGCUGACUGAAGGUGAGCGAUUGGGAAGGAUUCUGGAGGCUAUGCUACCCAAUGCUUGGCGGACAGCAAGUCCUGGGUUUGCAGGUGCCGCCGAAUUUGGACAGAAAGCAUGGCGGAACGAAGGCAAGGCUGCGCCAGCUGCGGUGAUGAAUCUUGUCAACGACGAGGAAGAUCUGCCUUUGAACAAAUAUCCACCAGGAAUGCGCACUGAGCGAAGAGAUUUACCCUUCCUUGGUGACGUGGUGGCUGCAGCAGCGGUGGCAGUAUUUGAUAGGACCCUGUCAGCAAAGCCCGAUGCAGCAGAUUCUGCCCCAACUUCAUCGCAAGGAGGCUACCAAGCUGGGCCCAAAGAGUCAGGCUCCAAAGCGAGGAGGUGGCAAAAGAAGUGAAAAAA